AUGGCUCGUGGAGAGAAGAAACAAUGGCGAGCCUGCCUAGGCUGUCAAUUCGUCCAGAGUGCAAGAGAAUUCGUCACACAUGGCUGCCCCAAUUGCGGUGAUAGACUGGACAUGCAAGCAGACGGCCGCCGUGUAGCUCAAUGUACCACGGCAGUAUUUGACGGCAUGAUCGCCAUGACGAAGCCGGAGGAGAGCUGGGUCGCCAAGUGGCAGCGAAUUGAGAAGAGAGUACCGGGCAUGUACGCUGUCAAGGUCACUGGCAGGCUGAUGGGAGAGGAUCAGGAGAGAUUGGGGAUUCGGGCUGCUUGA